UAAGAAAUGUAAGUGUAUGUGUGUGAACAAUGUUGACGUUGUUAGUAUAUUCUCCGUUUCAUCGUACACCUGGAACGUUUAGUUUCAUUUCAGACAGUGAAUGAUCUACAACCGUCAAAACUCUGAAUAGUGUUUAGUAAUCGGUCAAAAAUGAAAACAUCUGAUAAAGCAAGUGUUAAAAAUAUAAUUCGAGGAAUUUCCAAUCGAUUAUGUGUUUUACUUGUUCAUUUACUUGUAAUCGGCGUUGCUUCAAUUUUUUAUUGCUAUGGAAUGGAAAGUGAUGCUUACUUCCAAAGUUCAUUUGCAGUACAGUGGUUCUUCUUAAUGAUUGCAACAGCAUCUGUGCCGGUAUUGAAGUACAUUUUCUGUGUGAAAUUCACUUGCCGUUGGACGAAAAUAUGUUGGGAACUUGUAAUGUUCUUGCUCUCCGAAACAGUCAUUUGUUUAUCAUUUGUAAUGCUAAAGGAUAAAAUGGUCAGCCAUGGAUUGGAUCUCAACUCACAUUCAAUGGAUGCUAAAAUUUAUCAAGCAGUUCUAUACAGUACUAUAAUCAGUGUAAUAACAACCACACUAUCUCACUUGACCGUAAUUUAUCAUUUGGUGGAUGAUACCAAAGACAUAAAUCCUUUCAUAUUUUGUAUGAGAUUUUCUUCACAUUUUCUCAUGAUCACAGUCAAUUUCGUAUACACGAUGAUUUUUGCAUUAAGUCCGAUUGAAUUUAAUCAACAGGUCACCUUAUAUCUAUUAUUGAUUUUGCCGCCGAUUUUGUGCAUAUUCAUGUAUGAUAUACUUCAAUUAAUAUGGGAUAGACUAACCAAAAAUCCACUCAGAUGUAUACCGCGUUUAUAUACGCUUUUCGUGUAUAUUGUGUUAGUAUACAGUCUCAUCAUAAUAACCAUUCUUUAUAAAAAACAAUCGGACGAUUAUUUGAAGGUGAACAAAGAUUUUACCUCGUUCAUAUUCAUAGCGAGCUUUACGCUGACCUUCUCAAUUGGACGUUAUCACAUAUUGACCACAAAACUUGGUCUUCUUACGUUCAGCGAAUUGAUUUUCAAGUGGAACAAAGAAGUGGUUUGCUCACGUAAGCAAAAAUACGAAAUGGAAAGUACUAUAUAGAGUUUUGCUACAAUGGAAGAAGUUCUUACUAAGAACAAUUGGAUGUCUACGUAGAUUGGAUCACCAAAAUAACUUAUUUAACUCGAAUAACAUUUUUAUCUCUUAUUCAUAAAAAAUGCAAAAGAAAUAAAAUUGAGGGAGAUACAGAAAAGAAUAGAAUUAAAAU